UAAGCUCGGUGUAUGAAACCAACACCGAAGACUACGACUCUACAUAUGUUCCGGAAACGGAGCACGAGGAGACCCCAUAUGAUGGGGGUGACACGUACACGGACGAUGAUGAUGAAGAGAGUGAUGCCAAGUUCGCUCAAAUGGGCGAAUUGCUUGAGUGGUAUCAAAAAGAAAAGCUGAGGAGAGACCUUAGGCGCCAAGCAAGGCGUGGCUCUCGCGGCGGUUCGGGUCAAGGAAGCCGGGGAGCUUCAAGGUCCACUCCCGCGGCUUCACAUGGUGGGCGUGAAGGAGGUUUUUGUGUGAGAAUCUCCAAGUACCUCAAGGAGGCUAGGGCCUUGGGGUGUAAGUCCUUUGACGGCACCGGUGACAUUACCGUUGCCGCAGAUUGGAUUAAGAAGGUGAAGGAUGCAUCAAGAGACAUGCAAAUCACACCGGACGUGAAGUUGACUGUCGCUUCACGGUUACUUGAAGGGAUAGCCUCUACGUGGUGGGAGAGCGUGGAGGGGAAGUACCAUGGGGAAAUAACAUGGGCGGACUUUGAGCUAGAGUUCUAUGCUCAAUACUACUCCGAGUACGAGGUGAAUGUGAAACGGAGAGAGUACACUAACCUCAAACAGAAAGAUGGCGGCACAGUUAAACAACUGGAACAAGAGUUUAGAACCUUGGCUAGGUUCUUGCCGGAGUACGCGGUUGAUGAGAACCGCAUGACGGAGCACUUUUGGGAUGCCCUACUCUUGGACAUUCGUGACCGAGCUACGUACUCGCGCCACAUGACCUUCAGCGAGGUGGUGGAACAGGGCCUUCUCGGGGAGGCCCAAUGGAAUGAGAGGAAAGAGAGAGACGCCGAAGAGGCGAAAAAGAGGAAAUGGCAAAGUUCGGGGCCGCCCGAGCAAGCACGGAAGGAUAAACACGGCGGAGGUGGCGGUUCGUUCAAGACUCCGGCACCACCGGCAAAGAAGAACAGGGAUGCUCGGUGGCAUGCAUCCUCCUCCCAAAAGACGGGGCCUCCAAGGUGUACCAAUUGUUCGAAAAAUCACUUUGGGAAGUGCAAUGCACCCCCGAGGUGUUAUCAAUGUGGGAACAUGGGCCACAUGAAGGCCAAUUGCCCACAACUGGGGGGCGGAGGAGCUCCGGGAUCCGGAGGAGGAACCAUGACGGGAAGGAACCGUGCGGGCCCGUCAAACGGCGGUACGGGAAGAGGCGGCGCGUCCACAAGCCAUGCCGCGUCCGUAAAUCAAGGCGGGACCCAAGCACGAGUGUACGCAAUGACCGAGGCGGAUGCGCGAGCAAACCCGGACUCCGUUGCAGGUUGAAGCUAGGGCUUGCUACUUGCACCUUCUCACGGGUGGUAUCAUAUCGGGAAGACGUGGUUCGUGCUUCCUUAUUUUCUUUCAAACUACUGAACACUUGCUCAUGGAUAUUUGCUCUACUAUAAACUAUUUUUGGGGCUUGCAUGCCCAUGUUGUUGGCCGGUUGUGGCUUAUGACUUACCGUUGAAUAUUUCCGCUAUUCAUUGGUUUAAAUGUGAUGUUAUUAUGUAUGUUUACUACUGAGUAUGGAUGGAUUAUAUUCUCGAACGCCUUGUGUAAUUAAGUGAGGUUGACUCGCGGGUGACGUCACUUGAUUAUACGGCGGUUGUACACGUGCUUGGAUUGCGGUCUGGGGCGUGACAAAUCUAAUCACAUAAAUUGAGCAGGGUAAUGAUCAUCAUACUAGUCGUUCCGCCGUAUCAACAUCUGUCUUGACAAGGUGGGCGGACCAACAUAAUAGUGGAUACACGCUGUAUUACGAAAAACAAAGGAUGUCAUGUGUCGGGAACCCUUCUCACGUUGUGCCGGCGACAGGCUACACCCCGACAUGGCGAGGACAUGCCAGGGCCGAGCACGCAACGUUAGAUGUAGAAUUAAAUUUAUUAUUGUAUGUACAAAUUUAUUUAUGGAAUUACAUUAAAAAACUACAUGUGGCAUGUUCACUUCC